AAGAAACGUAUAGAUUAGAAGAGGGGGGUGUCACCUCCCAUACAAAAUAAAAAAGCUAAAACUGUUCUUAUUCAUUCACUCUCUCAACCAAAAAUAAAAAAUUUAAGAAAAAAAACUUUUCUUUGCUCUCCUGUCUCUCUCCCUCUCUCAAAAUUCCUUUGACAAGUAUCUCAAAGUUUUAUUCUUGAUCAACCCUUAGGAUAACAGGGUAACUUUUUUUAAUCACAAACCCACUUCUUUGCUCCUUAGUUUGAUCAGAAUUUUACUGCUUUUGGUUUAGAAAGAACAUGAAAAUUUCUGCAGUUGCUUGUGGAUUCAGAUGGGUUUUGAGGAAUUUUUGGUUUCUGUGAGAUGUAAUCUUUGUUUCUGACUUGUCUAGUUUCGAUCGGUGACGAAUGAUCAUAUAAUGUAGAAAUUAAAAAGUUUGUUGCUUUUUAUUUUUAUUUUGGGGGUUGAUUCAUUUCCUUUUUUUGUUUUUGAUCAAGUUUGCUAACUUUGGAUGAUUUUUUCUGAAGAUUUUACCAUCUGGGCAUGUCAAAAAGUGUGUAUUUUUGUGGUCAAUUCUAUGUGAAAUUGGUUAUGGAUAACCCCUGUUUUGAUUUUUGGAUUAUGGAGUUUGGUUUUGCAUGUUUGGUUAACUUCGAUCGAGUUAAACUGACUAUUCUGGAUUGCUGUGAUGAGUUUUUCCUGAAAACAAGUUUUCUCUCAUACAAAAAUCCCUUUUUUGGUAUCUUUUGGGGUGUGUGGAAUAUCCACCAUGGAAGAAUAGUAUUCUUCUCUUCAAAGUUUCCUUGUCUUGUUAUACAGAGUUUCUUCUUUUUGAUCCAUGUUUUAUACCAUUUUUCGGUUCUGGGUUUCCUUAUUUGGCCAAUCUCCAUUUGUGUGGUCUCAAUUGGUUGUUAUUCUUUAGAUUGAUCGCUGAUCAAAGUCAUAAUUCUUUUGUUUUUUCAUUUUUUUAAAUCUUUGUUUUGAUAAAAAAGUAUUCCUUAAGACCCAAUUCCGAGGAGCUCUACAGAGAUUGUAUCUGACAUAGUUCAUUGUGACACAGAAACUGGACAUAAUUUGUAUUUUCUUUUUUCUUUUUUAAUCUCAUUCUUUACUUGCCAUGAUAUAUGAGCAUUGGUUUAUUUGUAGGUUUUGAGACCUGAAGUUUGUUGAUCAGUUACAUAGUUUCAAAGGUACCUUAUCCUCUGGUUCUAACCAUAUAAACUUAGGAAGAUAUGUUUAAGGAUUUAGAGUUUGAAGCUGAUAAUAAUAUUGGGACAUUGAAAAAGAACAAGUAGUAAUAGUGAUUUUCCUGUCCAUGUUUUAUAAUUUCCAGCAAUUUAGAACACCUCUAUUUUUGCCAAGUUUGGGCACUGCCAAAGCUAGCAGUGCCCAUGGAUGCCACAGCGAGCGGAACCCCAACUAUACAAUACCAUAACAUUACUGAUCAGCCAAUUACCACUAUAGUUGCCACUCCUGUACAAACCUUUGAACGGCGGCAACGCCAUUGCUAUGGGGACUCCAGCCCUGGAGAAUUCCCCUUGGCUGCCAAUCCUUCCAUUGUUCUUCAUGUUCUAACCUCAUGUAAUCUGGACCCUCAAGACCUUGCAAAACUAGAGGCAACAUGUUCCUUUUUUAGGCAACCUGCAAACUUUGCUCCUGAUUUUGAAUUAUCCUUACCGGAGCUUGCUGCCUUGGAUAUUUGUCAAAAGAGAGCUAUAUUUAAGCCAAUGAACGAUGAAGAACGUCAAGAAUUGAAGCAGAGAUGUGGGGGUUCAUGGAAACUGGUGCUGAGGUUCAUGUUGGCUGGAGAGGCAUGUUCCAGGAGGGAGAAAUCACAGGCAAUAGCAGGGCCUGGUCACAGCAUUGCUGUGACAUCAAAAGGAGCUGUUUACUCUUUUGGCUCUAACAGCUCAGGCCAGCUUGGACAUGGCUCCACUGAAGAAGAAUGGCGGCCUCGGCCAAUCAGAUCCCUGCAAGGCAUUCGAAUUAUUCAGGCAACUGCUGGCUCUGGCAGGACAAUGCUGAUUAGUGAUGCUGGGCGUGUUUACGCCUUUGGCAAGGAUUCCUUUGGAGAAGUCGAGUUUGGGGGUCAAGGAAUUAAAGUUGUGAAAACUCCACAGUUGGUUGAGUCUUUGAAAAACAUAUUUGUGGUGCAAGCUGCCAUUGGAAAUUUCUUCACAGCUGUAUUGUCAAGAGAAGGCAGGGUCUAUACCUUUUCUUGGGGCAAUGAUGGCAAACUUGGUCACCAAACUGAGCCAACUGAUGUGGAACCCCAUCCUUUGUUGGGGGCCCUAGAAAACAUACCUGUUGUACAAAUUGCUGCUGGAUACUGCUACCUUCUUGCUCUGGCUUGUCAGCCUAGUGGAAUGUCGGUAUACUCCGUUGGGUGUGGCUUGGGUGGAAAACUCGGACACGGUUCAAGGACCGAUGAAAAGUACCCGAGACUUAUCGAACAGUUUCAAGUUCUGAACCUUCAGCCUAUGGUGGUUGCAGCUGGUGCUUGGCAUGCUGCAGUAGUGGGCCGAGAUGGGCGGGUGUGCACUUGGGGUUGGGGCCGUUAUGGAUGCUUGGGUCAUGGGGAUGAAGAUUGUGCACAAGCUCCAAAGGUUGUGGAGGCAUUGAGCAAGAUAAAAGCAGUUCAUGUUGCCACAGGAGAUUACACAACUUUUGUGGUGUCUGAAGAUGGUGAUGUAUACUCUUUUGGCUGUGGAGAAUCAGCUAGUCUUGGACAUAACAAUGCUGCUGCUGCUGCUGGUGGAGAGGCACCCAGGCACACAAAUGUGUUGACCCCAGAAAUUGUAACAUCACUGAAAGAAGUAAACGAACGAGUGGUUCAGAUCAGCCUCACCAACUCCAUAUAUUGGAAUGCUCACACAUUUGCCCUCACUGAAUCAGGGAAGCUGUAUGCAUUUGGUGCUGGGGACAAAGGGCAGCUAGGAAUAGAGCUCGUUGGCAACCAGACUGAAAGAGGGAAUCCAGAACGUGUUGACAUUGAUCUCAGUUAGCUACCACAUGAUGAUCAUGAUCAUGAUCAUAAUGAUCAUGCUUUUGUCUACUAAUUUACCAUCAACCCACCACUGCAUUUGCUGUUUAGAUUUCUUGUCUAUUUGUACAUAGAAAAUGAAACAAAAGAAAGAAUUGUUUUUAAGGUUUAAGGUAGCAAGGUACAUAGGAGGGGCCUAAACCAAGUGUUAUUAAGAUGACUGUUAAUAUUGUCUUUGGGGGAGAGGAAAAGAAAAAAAGAAAAAAAUUUGCUCAUGGUUAGGCUCUUCAUGUAGUCAAAUAGUUGAUACAUUUGUUAAGGGUUCAUUUCAUAAUUUAUUUAUGUUAAACUGUUCAUAGUUAAUCUGAUUAGUUUGUUGUUGGAGAAA